GUCCUGGACCUGCUAAGUCUGGACUCUUCAGGAAGGCUAUCCAGCAGGACCGUGACCCGUGCCUUAGACGCCAGGAUAUUUGGAGUUUGGUCAGGAGGGACUUAUAUAGGAAUGAUAGAGGGAACUGAGUGCUUGUGAGAAACGCGCGGACUGCGCGGUUUCCCUCUGGAGGCGGAGGAGAAUGGUUAAGAACGAUCUAAAUUGUAAGAAGAAAUUAACACUCACAAUGGAGCCGGACCAUGAAACGAACGGAGUAUCAAAAUUAGACAAGGUCGAACAUGAUAUUUUGGAUGUAUGCGGGUGGAAACGCGCGGAUCUGGAGAAACUGAAGGAAUUGGAGUUGCACAACAUCGGCGAGGAAGCGAGAAAGGUACUGAAAGAAGAAGCCACUGUUAGAUCUCCGGUAGAUACGAAAAACUUGAAGUCACUGCAGAAAGCAGAAAAUGAAGAGGAUCGAUCCAACGUGGCACCAAACGUACCUUCGUCUCCAAACGAAGAUAUCGCGAGCUUUUUACGAGAAAGAUGUUUAAGUCGGAGCUUGAUCGCGACUUUGCUGAAGACUGGGCCCACCUCUGAGUUCUUUAGACUGCUGACGGCGAUGGGGUUCGCUGACGAGGACGUCGAAACGCUGAAGAAACUGUGGGACGCACGGAAGGACAAGGAUGUCGAUUCCUCGUGGUCGGUGUCUUCUUCCUCCGACGAGUAUCUAUCCUCGGAUGGGCUUUACUUGAGAAAUUUCUUGAGAAAACCUCUGUCGCAAGGUCUUCGUGAAAUCGUUGCAAAGAAGCCUAUCGACCCCAUCGAAUACCUCGGUCAUUGGUUGUUGAAUUACAAAAUAUGCGAAGAACGGUUCAGGAGACAAAAGGAAUUCGAGCUGGAGCUGAUGAUCGAAAGGGAGAGGGUCAAGCCGCGGGACUUGGAAGACGAAACAUCCGUGUUGACGAAACACGAAGAAGAAGAGGAAGAGGAAGAGGGGACGGAAUACCGAACGAGUAGGAACGAAUCUUUGGAAGACGAACGAAGAAGCUAAGAAAGAAAGCAUCCAUCUUUUCAUCUUCGAUAACUCGUGCUAACUUUAACUGAAGCUAACUCGAACACUUCAAAAUCAAUGCUUU